CCCGUGACGACGCAGAGAGGGGCAAUCUCGGGAAAAAGUGGGAAGCGCCCUGGAAUUUGCAAACCCUAAACCCUUCUCCUUUCCACAUUCACUUCCUUCUCUGCUCUCUCUCUCGCUCGCUCUACAUUCUGGCGCUUCAGAAUCGCCAUUUCCAGGUGUGACUCAUGGCAUCCCAAUCCCGAAGAGGCGGAGUCUCCCUUCCUGAGCGGCGGAACCCCAGGUCUGGUGGAGGCGGAGCUGCUAGCAUCAUCUCGAGGAUCUCCCAGUCAGAGAUUGUGUCCCGAGGCAGGCAAGCUGCGGGCGAUUCUGCGGUCGUCGCCAAGAAACUCCUCAAGUCCACAGGCAAGGCUGCCUGGAUCGCCGGAACUACAUUCCUUGUCCUGGUCGUACCUCUGAUAAUCGAGAUGGACCGCGAGCAGCAGCUGAACGAUCUAGAGCUCCAGCAGGCCAGCCUCCUCGGUACUCCUCCAGUUGGUCAGAAAUGAGCUAUCCAGAUGCCUUGCCUGCUUCUUCAUAUCAGUAGGCAUGCAUCAGAUUACCAGAGCGGUAUAGAACGUGUUCGGGUUUCUAUCCGUGUCUCUAACUUUUAGAGUGCUUGAAAAUCGAGCAUACAAAUAUGUACGUAGAAAGAACAUCGAUGGGUGGUUGAGGUGUUUGGAAAUUGUUCAUGUUCUUAUCGUGCUCGAUAUCUAGUCUGCCCGCAUAUUCUCAAUAUUGAAGAAUCUUAUGGUGUACACGAGGAAUAAACAAACAUAUUUAUCCUUUCUACGAUAUAGAUAGAACAUUUUUAUUUUA